GGCGGCGCAGAAACGCAGCGAAGCAGAAGAAACGCUUCUCCAAACUGAAAAGCGUCUUAAAAUGAGAGGUGUCUGUGUUGCUCUGGUUCUGCUGCUGCUGAGCGUGUGCGGAGGCGCCCUCGGCGUGCACGUUCAGGUAGAAGACCAGGUUUUCCCGCUGGAGGCGGUGACGCAGCUGAAGGAGCUGCUGGAUUUGAGCGCCUUUCACCCGGGCCUCGCCAACGCAAAAGCUGCAUCAGUUUGUGACCAUCCUCUCCUGCCUCAGGUCUUCCAUCCAGCAUGCCAAGAGAAAGGAGCAGACAUCCUUUUCACCAAACUGAUGAACAUCAUGGUUUCCUCAGAUCCUUGUGAAAUCUGUGCCAACCCCUCCUGCUUCGGCUGUCUGAAGUGAGGAUUGCAUUUGCUGAACUGAGGGUCUCAAACUCACGUCGACCUUCAGCUUUUCCAAAUCUCCAUCCCAAAGGCGUCUAUGGAUUCGUGGAUGGUCACCUAGACCCCACAGACUGUCACGGCUCAGCAGUUCAACGGUGGACAGAAGUUACAUAAUAAACCUUAGCUUAUAUGACAGUUUUAGUUUUGACUUUUGAUUAAAGCCUCACAUUCACUGA